AUGUCUUCUGAUGCUUUUUUUCAUUUUCAGGAGGGGAAAGAGUCAACUGCAGCCUCCCACCUAGUGGACCAGGUAGUAGUUGAGGUACAGUCCAGCCCAACCAGUCCAUUUGAGGCUGACACCAAGACUGAGGACCAUAGUAACAAGUCCCAGGAUGGACCAGAUAUACUUCCCAUCUCACAGGGCUCUUACACCUCCGAGGAGGAGCUGAAGGAGGUGCAGACAGUCAGAAAGGAAGAGGUGAAUGGGGAGAUGAGGCAUCUGAAUUACGUGCCGAUGGAGGAGAGCAGUGGAAGCGAACCCUCUCCCUCGCCCCAGCUCCAGAGACGGAGGUUAAGUGCGGUAGCGGUCAGCACGGCAGCGUCGUCCAGCAGCGAGGACUACAAAGCAGACAGCCCAGCAGUCAGCCCAGACUCAUCUGUGGAUGAGGAGGAGUUCAUCCGCAGGCAGAUCAUGGGAAUGACAGGAGAGGAGGAGAUGUCUCUCUCAGAGGAGGAAAAAGAGGAGAAAGAGUGCAGAGAGGAGGAGACCAAGGAGGCCGAGGUGGAUAACACAUCAGGCAAAUCCAAACCUCUGCUAAAGAAAGGCAGUAUGGAUAAUGAAGACAGCCCAGCCAGGAGACCAUCUCUUCCAGGAUCUGAGGCUAAAACCACUGUAGAUAGUACUGAACUCACUGAGCUCACCACUGUGUUUAAGAAAGCCAUGACGCGGCAGAGAACAAAGAGCACGGACAAUGGGGAUGCUGAGGUGGAGAGCAUCACAGAGUCUCUGGAGGACAAGUCCAAAGGUGAGGGGUCAUCCAGUGUCCAGGUGUCCAGCUUCACCCCUGGAACCUCCCCCACCUCAGCCUCUUCUCUGGAGGAGGACAGCGACAGCAGCCCCAGUCACAAGAGGAGUGGGGAGGGGAAACAGCACCGCAAGGCCAAGCACAGGCAGGCUGGCCAGUCCCUCCCCACCAUCAAGGACUCGUCAGAGGAGGAGGAGGAGCUCAGGGAAGAGGAAGAUCACCUCAGGGAGCAGGAGAAACAGAAGGAAUCGGACCAGCAGCAGGGGAAGAGGAGCUCUAAGAAGUCCAAGAGGGAUAAAGAUGAACUACGGACUCAGAGGAAAUGGGAUCACCCUGUAACCUCGCUCAGUAACCUGUCUCCUUUUGAAAAUGCCUCGCCCACUGAGGAGGUGAGGCAGGCUAGAGAGAUGGAAGUGCUUCAGAAAACCUCAGGCUCUGACUAUUCUCCUAGCAUGGAGUCUGAUUCAGAGGCGUUUCACACAGAGGCCAAGAUAGCUGUUCCAAAAGGACAGAAGUUCAGUACUGCAAAGCCACUAAAGAGUGCAGAGGAGGCAUAUGAGGAGAUGCUUCAGAAAGCUAGAUCUCUUAAAGGAGAGACAGAGCAAGUCCCUGAGAUAGAGCCACUCUACGGAGGCAUGGCCAUAGAGGACUACCUCUAUGAGUCCCUAGUGGAGGAGCCUGAAGCUAAACGUAGUUCAGCCCAACCGGAGCAGCCCAGUAAAGACCAUGCUAAAGAACCAGGGAAGAAAGGUUUAAGGUCUCCUGAAGAGGUAUAUGAGGAGAUGAUGCAGAAAAAGAAGGAACUGAUGUUGAUAGAGCAGGAGUUUCAGAGGGCUCAGUCAGCUAUGGACACUCCAAAUCCAGAGAUACAUGUGACUGCACCAUCCAGUGCUGCAGCUAAGAGCUGCAAAGUUGGUGAGGCAGAGGGAGAGAAGCCUAUGUUAGAUGCUGAUUCUACCUACGUUAAGAAAAAGAAACGUCCUGCUCCACCACGGCCCUCUGAACCUCCUAAACGGCCUGAGGUCAAUGUUGCAAAGCCAACAGUUCCUCAGGAUAUGACUAUGAGGAGGGCUCUUUUCCCCAUACCGGACUUGAAAAUCACCCAGUGUUCCUCUGGAGAGGAUGAGACGGACGAUAGUAUAAUAGAGGAGUAUGGAGUGGGAGUGUCCUCUGAUAUUACCCCUAGUGAUGAGUCUGAGACUAAAGAACAGGUAGAGUCCACUCCAGUUUCAGAGCAUACACCAAUAACAGAGGCAGCUGAGAUUGAACCGAUCACUGUAGUGUUUGAGGUUCCCCAGGCGAAAGUUACUCCAGCUCCUGCCUCUGCCGCUGAAACAGUUCUAGCCACCAGUACAACUACCACACCAUCACCAAUCUCUCCAGUAUCACCGCCCACCUCACCAGCGACUCCAGACUCAAGUCUAGCCUCCAAUGCUACGUCCUCCUCCUCUUUCCAAGCUCCAAGUCCUCUCUCCUCCGACUCUACUCCAGUGUCCAUUCCAACACCAGAACUGGCCAAAGCAGCAGCUCCCUUCGCAGCCCAGCCCCCUGCUGAUAUCUCCCCUCCUUCUAUUGCACCCAUUAUGUCUUUUUCUCCAACCACAGUUUUGGUCACAAUUCCAGAUGUGGUGGCAGAUCCAACCCAAGCACCAACACCAGCUACAACUACAGUCCAUGCUAGUGCUCCACCAGCCCAACCCCAAGUCCCUGCCUCAGCCCCAGCCCCUGCCUCAGUGGUGGUGCAGAUACCUGAUCCAGUUGUAGUCCAAAUGCCAGACCUGGUUACAUCUCCAUCCCAGAUGUCUGCUCAGGGUCCACCUUCUGUGCAGGUCAGAGCACCAACUCCAGUACCAAGCCCAGUACCUUCUGAACCCCCAUCUCCAGUCCCAGCUGCUCCCAGUGCAGUGCCAACUCCAGGUCCAGUCUCUGCUCCAACUCCAGCCCCAGCUCCAGUUGUAGUCCAAAUGCCAGACCUGAUUACCAUCACCUCGCCAGUUUCAUCCCAAGCCCCACCACCUGUGUCAGCCUCGGCUACUGCCCAAGCUACAGUGGUGCAUUCAGUCCCUGUCCAGACUGCUGCCCCACCUCCAACCCCAGUAGUAGUCCCAGCCGUAGGGACACGCCGAAUCCAGAGACAAGCCUCCACCAAAAAAGCCCCACCUCCUCCUCCUCCUCGGUCUACAUCAGUCUCCCUGCCCCAGACCUCAGCAGAGCCUACCUCUAUCAGGGCCAUCCAUAAUGUCUCCCCAACCAUGACCACCACUAUAGCCAUGGGAGCAGCUCUGCCUGUCCAGCCCAUACAGUCUGUGGUGGUGGAUGUACAGCCGCGAGUGGAGGACGUCCGGCCAGAAGGGGUUGCUGGCUCUCAGGUCAUGAUGACCCCAACCAGACAGGGGCAUGUGGUCAUCAUAGUCCCCAAUGUGGAGAACAUGUUGGUGCUCAGCCAGAUGACCCAAGACCUUGUGGCAAACUCAGUGGCAAUAACUACCACCUCUGCUGUGGUUGAAGGCAGUAGUCAGAUAGCAGCAAGGCCUGUGGUUGUCAGUGUUGCUCCUUUUUAUACUGCUCCCUCUGUUCCUGCUGUACCCAGCUCAGACACAUAUAUACCUGUGGCAGAUACCCCACCACGUCCUUUGCCCCCUCCACCACCCCCUGCCACUUUACUAAAGCCAGCUGUUUAUCCCAAAAAGCCUUCAGUUUCCAUCCCAUCUUCAGUCCCAACAACAGUGCUGGUCUCAGCUGCUUUGACAAUGGCACAGGCAACUGUAACAACCGCAGGCUCCAGUCCAGUACACAAGGCCUCUGCACCCCCUCCAGUCCCCCCCAAGCCUGUGUCCAUCCCUGCAGGGCUGGUGUUCAGCCACCGACCAGGGGAGAGCGUCAAACCUCCAGUGGUUCCCACCGCCAGCCACACACUUCCCAGGACCAGAGAAGUGGUUCCGAAAGCCAGCUUAGCACAGCCAUUCACAUCCACAACACUGCCCAGGACCAGAGAACCUCCCAAUGCCCUGUCUCUGAGUCUGACCACCCCAGUGGAGUCCAAGAUGAGUGCUACCUCACCCAGGUCCCCUCUUUCUCCAAGGAAUGCCAAGUGUCUGGAGACAUAUGUUGUGAUAACUCUGCCCUCAGAGCCUGGCACACCUACAGAUGGUAUCACUGUCCAAGCCCCCAUCAGAAGAGGGUCCAUCCACUCCUCUAAGCAGACAGGCCCAGGGGUUAGGACCACACCGUCAGAACAGCAGUCACCCAUUGAGCCCUUCUCAGCCCAGGCCACUGUCAGGAGAGCAUCAGUUCCCUCAUUGAGGCAGCCGCCACCACCAACAGCAGCAAUAGUACCAGUCGAAGUAGCAGCACCCCUAGAGGGAGUCACUGUUCAAUCAACAGCAAGGGGGCCUUCCAUACCAUCAGCUAUGCAGCCUCCAUACGGUAUAUCUGAGAUGGUGACAGUUUCAGCAGGGUCGGAGAUGCCUAUUCAGGUACACAAUGUCCCAGCUCCAAUCAAGAAACCGUAUAUACCUCCAACAGCCAAGCCACCGCAGACAGUGUCUGAGGUUAUCACAAUGCCAUUAGAGCCACAUGUUCCUGUAGAAGUGUCUGCAACUCAAGCCUCUGGUAGAAGGGCAUCAAUACCCGCUGUACCUCAAUAUGUGGCUGAAGUAAUGGCUUUACCAGCAGAGCAGGACAUACCUACAGAGGUGGUUUCAACUGAGGCCACGUGUGGAAGAGCAACAAUACCAUCAGAAAUGCAGCAACCACAAACCAUGGCAGAGGUAUCAGCAAUGCCCUUAGAAGCUAUACCCUUGACCAUGCAUCAGUCACCAUCACUAAUAGAGGUCGUUUUCAGAGCAUCAGUACCAUUAGAAAUGCAGCAACCACAAACCAUGGCAGAGGUAAUGCCGUUACAGCAGGAAAUACCUACUGAAGCUAUGGCCACCCGAGUCCAUGUAGAAGCUACACCCUCAACCAUGCAUCAGUCACCAUCUCUGAUAGAGGUGGUUUCAACUGAGGAUAUCUAUAGAAGAGCAUCAAUACCAUUAGAAAUGCAGCAACCACAAACCAUGGCAGAGGUAAUGCCAUUACAGCAGGAGAUACCGUCAAUACGAUCAGCUGCACCACAAUCACAAGCAGUGGCCGAAGUGAUGACUUUGCCUUCAGAGUAUGAAAUCCCUACGGAGGUUAUAACAACUGAGGCCACUACCACUAGAAGGACAUCCAUAUCCUCUGUAGCACAACAACCAUACACAUUUGCUGAAGUAAUCACUUACCCAUCAGAAUAUGAAACACCCAUCCAGGUGGUUACAACUGAGGCUAUUUCCACUACAAGAAGAGCGUCUAUAACCAUGCAGCAGCUUCUAACUAUGGCCCAGGUUAUCACAAUGCCUGCAGAGACAGAGGUACCUCUAGAGGCAUAUGCUGCCCAAGUCCCAUACAGGAGAGGAUCCAUCCCCUCAGCAGUGCAACCACCACAGGAAAUAUCAGAGUUCCUGAGUUACUCAUCAGAGUAUGAUACCCCCCUGGAGGUCAUUACAACUGAAGCCUACACCAGGAGAAUGUCAGUUCCCUCUUGCCAGGAGAUUCCCCAGACUGUCUCCAUGGCUCCAGUCACCAUCACCAGGAAGUUCCACCAGGAGUCGAUAGAGAGCCAGGAAAUCUGUGGGCCUGAGAAGGUGGUGUCCAGCCUGAGCCACGUGUACUCCUCCUCUAUCUCCACCUCAGCCCAGCCCCCGGAGAGCCUUCCCAGCCUGGUCACUCAGGUGGUCACCACCGAGGUUCAGAGAACCACUGUGUCUGUGGUCCAUGAGAGGCUGCCUCAGGUUCCUGCGUCAGACGCAGUGGCCAUCCCUAUCCAGCCAGAACUGGCUAAAGUCCAGCCCUCUCCCAAACAGAACGGGAAGAUCUAUUCCGGUGAUGCCAUUGACCUCCGCACCAUUAAGGCUGGUGUAAAGAUGACCGAUUCAGGGAUGGACUUGACGCCUCAGGAAUCGAGUCGCCAGUCCGUCUGUAGCAACUCUAGUGGCCGACAUACGGCAGUGCAGCCAGAGAUAGUGAACCUGAGUGCUGAGAUCACCCCUUCCACCACGCUGUCUGUUGUCACUGAUAGCAUCACUAUCGUCACCUGUUCAGCCACCAUUGCCUCCUACACCGAGCCAGCAGAAAAGCCUCUAGAUCUGCAGGGUUAUGUUGCUUCUAUGCCUCUCCCUCUCACCACAUACAAACCAUUCGAGCCUCUGGCACAGAUAGUAUACAGGCGGGUAGAUUCUCCGCCUAUCGUCAGUAGGGUGACAGACAAAGAGACACCAAUCAACCUGUCCUAUGGAGCCUCCACAGUAGAUAGCAGGCUUCCAGUGACCAUAGCCCCAGUUAUCAGCAAUGGGGGGACCAUGCUCUCAGAGCUGACAGGGGCCGUGGACCUGUCCACCUCAAGACCCCUUAGGGCCAUGGUGGCUCUGUCCGGCACCAGCCCUGUUGUGGUGACCACUGUCGUGGACGAUGAUGGGAUGCCCAUAUAUCUGACAGCUGGGAGAAAUGUGUGCUGUGACGUCAUCUACAAGCUACCCUUCACAGGGAGCUGUAGGACCCAGCCACCGGUUAUUAGCCAGCCUGACAACCACUUCGGCUACAGAGACGACAACUACCAGUAUGAUCAUGCUGGGGUCUAUGGCAUCAAGGUCUUGAACGGCAAGGCCAUGUCUGAGACCAACCUGGCUGAUGCAGGACACUUCCUCUAUAAUGGAAAGACUGGAUAUGACUAUAACGUAGCCUCGGACAGUGCAAUAGACCUGACAGCUGCUAAAAUAUCCACAGGUUGGUAUGAUAGAAAUACAGCACCUUUGCUAGGUUUUGUGUUCUUUUCAACUUUUUACCUGCUUGAAUUUGAUUUCUGAAUGGAAACCUAUUUCUCUGAACAUUGUUUUACCUCAUUGUUUGUUUUCCAUUAUGAUUUUAAUGAGCAUUUACUGUACUUUUGCAUGAUUUAUGAAAUUAUCUUGAUUUCCAUCAAUGUUCUGUUCCUUUUGUCUUUUCUUUCUUUUUACACAGAUGCAUGCGAAUGCCUGCGUGUUCUUCCACAAUAUUUUGGCUUUGCAUCGUGCUAGCUGGACAGACUGGAGAUACUUGCAUGCUUAGUGCUAUGAUCUCCCAAAAUCAAAUCUGCAUGGCCUUUAUUUUGUACAGAACAUUUAUAUACUGUAUGAUGUUUUAAUCAUUGACUUAAACCUACAUUUCUGGACCCAUCAUGACAGGUGAAGCUCUAGACUACACUAGUAAAGCUGCUGGGGCGUAUACUGGGAUAUCCACUGCUCCAUAUUCUCAGGUCCCUGCUUAUAGUGUCCUUAGAUCCUCAGACGGAAUGGUAUACUCCUCCAUAGCAGCCCCUGUUCCUUCUACAUAUGCCAUUACCACUCAGCCAGGGUCCAUCUUUAGCACCACAAUACCCCCUACCACCACCCUCCAGGAGCAGCCAGCCCCAGUUCCAUACCCCUACGGCUUCAUCCCCACCACCGACCCUGGCCACCAGAUCAUCAGCCUGGACACUGGCCUGCCCAAGGACCUGCUGCCCAACACUCUGACUGACAUCAUGACUGGCUUCCCUGCCCUGUACUCUGACCAGACCCUGGAGGCAAUCGCAGCCUCUCUGGAGGCCCUGGCCUCGUCGCCCAUGUUCCCCGACCUGGGCGACAGCAAGAUCACCCAGUAUCAGAUGGAGAGGGAGUUCUUGCAGCUGGAGAAGCUGAAGCAACUGUGUCUGGCAGAGGAGCUGGAGUGGGAGAGGCAGGAGAUCCAACGCUACCGCGAGCAGGAGCAGAUCAUGGUGCAGAGGGAGCUGGAGGAGCUACAGGUAUGAAUGUGUGUGUAUAUGUCUCCUGUGCUAAUGUAUGGUGUCGUGGUCACUGUUCAAGCUCACUGUCUUUAAUGUGUUUGUAAUCUGUUACUGUAAGCACAUGGACAAUUGGCUGGACAACUAUGUUAUUCUAAUCUAAUCUAUUCUAUUCUACAGGCUCUGAAACAGAAGCUGUUAAUGCAACAGGAAGAGGAGCACCAGGCGCACCUUGUAGCACAGCAGGAGACCUACAACCAGCAGAGGGAACAGCUAGAGCAGAUCCAACAGCUCCAGGUGCAGCUACAGCACCAGCUAGAGGAGCACUACGGUACCAUAGGAUCUUCAGACAACCUGCUAGAGGCACAGUAUGCAGGGGUGGGGGAUAACGGUCAAUACUGGCCUGUUAGGGAUGAGUCCACCACCUCAUCCACUGUCACCCAGCUAAUGGGUGGGGUGCAGUAUGUGACCAGUGAGGGUCAGAGAGAGGGUGGAGGUCAGGACCAGCUGCAGCUCAGUAGGAAACAGCCAGCAGGGUCUAAGCAGCCUGGUGACCAGGGGUAUGGUACAGGGGUGGUAGGGAAGAGGAUAGUGGACAGUGGGGUCCAGACAGACGAUGAGGACUCAGUAGACAGGACAUAUGUGGGGAGGAGGAAGAGGAACAACAGGAGGGGUGUAGACAGCAGUGUUCAGACUGAUGAUGAGGAGGACCAGGAGGAUGAGUGGGACAUGCCAACCAGGUCACGGCGGCGCUCCCGCUCCAGCAAGCACAGCGGCGAGGGAAAACACGGUGGCGCUAAGGUCUCCAGCAUCGCCAUCCAGACUGUGGCAGAGAUCUCUGUCCAGACCGACCACUCUGGGAGCAUCAAAUGCCCCGGCAUCCAGAUCGACACUAAGGUGGAGAUCAUCAAACACAUCUCAGCCCCAGAGAACUCUCAGAGAGGAGGCAGCCUCAGCUGCCAGACAGACACGGACCCCAGGCGCCACUCGCCCGUAGAGGUGGGCUACAGCGCCUACCUGAAGGCAGACCUUGCCCCCAAGUCCCCCAAGGUGCUUUACUCUCCCGUGUCCCCCCUGUCCCCGAGUAAGGCCAUGGAGGGAGGGCAGAAGAGGCUGACCACUGACCCAUCCAGGUUUUCCUCCGGCCCUAGGAUGCUGAAGCCUGGAAAGAAGUCUCUGCCUGACACCAAGUCUCUCAGCCCCACCACCGAGGACAGGAUAGGCUACCACUACUCAAACAGCUACUCUGUAAGUCACUGUAGUAAGAAUACUGGUAACAUAAGAUAGUGUUAAAUAUGACCACAUUAAAGUGGGCAUAGUUAAACACAUGAAUUGCAUGCUGUUUACAUUUUUGUCGAAAAUACACCUGGCAAUAAUCUGAUCUCUUAUCUUAUUGCUUUUUCUUCUGUCCUAGGGCCAGGGCUCUCCAUCAGGCACUGGAAAGAAGGUGAAGAGGACCCUUCCCAACCCUCCCCCGGAGGAUGACCCUCUGACUGGCCCGUCAGGCUACAGCACCAACUCAGCGCGCCGACGGCUCGGCCGUCACACCACCAUGGCCCGGGCCAAGAUCCUGCAGGACAUCGACAAGGAGCUGGAUCUGGUGGAGAGAGAGUCAUCCAAGCUCCGCAGGAAACAGGCCGAGCUAGACGAGGAGGAGAAGGAGAUUGAUGCCAAGCUGAGGUAAUUUAUUAACUUAACCAUUUGUGAACCAGGCAAGUCAAUAUAGAACCAGUUCUGAUUUACAAUACAAUAACAUGCUUUAGAUGAGUACAACACUUUGGUGUGUAUGAAGUGAUUCCACAUUUUUAGCACUUGGAAAUCACCAUAUAAAUCCAAUCCCAUCUUCUCCUUCUAACAGGUACCUGGAGAUGGGCAUCAACCGUCGUAAGGAUGCCCUGCUGCAGGAGAGGGAGAAGAGGGAGAGGGCCUACCUGCAGGGUGUGGCUGAGGAGAGAGACUACAUGUCGGACAGUGAGGUCAGCAACAUCAGGGAGACCAGAGGGAGCAGCCACGGCCUGGAGAGACCCAGGACAGCUCCCCAGUCAGAGUUCGACCAGUUCAUUCCCCCUCAAACUGAGGCUGACUCCCAGUACUCCACUCUGACCAGUCCCUACUCCCACUACGCCCAGUAUAUCCCCCAGACCCAGGCCACCAGCCACUACCCCCAGCAGACCCUGUACCAGCAGCACCCCUACCAGAGUCAGUCAGUCUACUCCUCUGUGCCCAGCCUGUCCUACCCCCAGGCCUCCCACUCCCACCAGCAGACCCAGUCCUCAGGCUACCAGUCCAAGAACACCACCAACUACGAGGUGAUCCGGAACCAGCCUAUGAUCAUCGUACCCUCCUCCAGCGAGGGGGGGUAUGGCGUGGGGAAGUACGGCAGCCUGGAACUGAGGAUGGGCCUGGAGGAGAGGAGCAUGGCCUCCAGCCCCAUGUCUAGUAUAUCUGCUGAGUCUUUCUACGCUGACAUCGACCACCACAAUGCCAGGAACUAUGUUCUGAUAGAGGACAUAGAGCAGCUGACUAAAGGCUCUACAGUGCUGGGCUCUGCAGGGCUGGGCUCAGGGUUCAGUCUGCCUGUUAAGGACCUGUCUAAGGCUGACAGGCUGCUCCGGGCUGCUGAGGCCAGGCGCACUGCAGAGGUAACUGAUAUUUAAACAGUAGAUGUUCUUCUGUGGCAUGUGGGUUUUGUUACAUAUUGUAUGUCACUGUAUUUUGCUCAGUUUUUUUUUAAAUCUGUAUUUUGCUAUACCGCAUUUGCCUGUUCACUUGGGUGUUGUGCUGACGAUGAUGAUAAAUUAUUGUAUUGUCUUUGUUUAGGUUGCAGAGUUCCUUGGUAACUCGCGUUUGCAUAGCUACGGUAAAGGAGAGGAGGACUCUAUGGAGGAGCCCUAUGAGCUGAAGCUCCUGAAGCAACAGAUAAAGCAGGAGUUUAGACGAGGGACAGAGGGUCUGGAGCACCUCUCAGGCCUGGGCAUGCCCCAGUACCUUCCCACUGACCCCAGCUACAGACACUUCCCUAAGGCUGACAAGUACAGCAUCAGCCGGCUGACUCUGGAGAAACAAGCUGCUAAGCAGCUCCCUGCCGCUGUGCUCUACCAGAAACAGAUAAAGAACCAGAAAAAGGCAGCCCUGUUGGACCCCAAGAUAACCAAGUUCUCCUCCAUCCAGGAGAGCAGAGUCCUGGAGCCGGACUACAGCAGCUUCCUGGGCUCUGGAGCCUCUUCUGUCACCAACCUGUCCACGCGAGCCAGACUGCUCCAGGAUGAGAUCACCUUUGGCCUGAGGAAGAACCUGUCUGAGCAGCAGAAGUUUCUGGACUCCUCCCUGGGAUCUAACCUGGCUGGCUCUGUGGGCCAGAACCUGGGCCAGUCCCUUGACCUGGAGGGACCCACCAUGAGGUCUACCCUACAGGACGACACCACCUACCCCAGCGGCACGCGCUCUCGCCCCUCCUCCCGACCCAACUCCCGCCCCACUUCCGUCUAUGGCCUGGAUCUGUCCAUCAAACGGGACCUGUCCAGCUCCUCUCUCAGGCUGAAGAGCGAGGGAGAGGCAUUGGACGCAGCGUUCGGCUCGGGGGUGGCCAGGACCAAGCCCACCAGCCUGCCUAUCAGCCAGAGCCGCGGGCGCAUCCCCAUCGUGGCUCAGAACUCAGAGGAGGAGAGCCCUCUGAGCCCUGUGGGAGAGCCCAUGGGCAUGGCCAGAGCCUCAGCCGGCCCUCUACCCCCCAUCUCAGCUGACUCCAGAGACCAGUUUGGCUCAAGCCACUCCCUGCCGGAGGUCCAGCAGCACAUGAGGGAGGAGUCCAGGGCUACACGGGGAAAUAGUGGGGUCUACGACAGAGACAUAGCCUUCAUCAUGGACGACCUGGGGGGAGCCAUGUCUGACAGCGAAGGUAAAUGGCUCCUGAGGCUGUCAUGCAGCUACCGCAUGCUCCUGACUGUGUUUAUGUCUGCCUGAGAAGGCUCCUUAUCACUUGUUAUUUCACAUAUUUUCUGGCUUUUGUCACAUAACUGUGUUUGUGUUUUGUUCUGGUUGCUGUUUCUGUUUUGUUUGAUGUCUGCAUGCAACACUAUUUAUUUUCUUUACUGAUACAUAAUACUGUUGAUGUUAUGUAUGAGACAGCAUGUCUGUGUUGUUAACUAUCUGUGAUGUUAUUAGCAUGCUCCAGUUCUCUUCUCUUCUUUUACAUGUUGGUUUCCUGCUUUCAUCACUGACCAAAUGUGUAUUAUGAGAUACAGGGCUUCUUUAAACCAUACAGAACAGAGAUGUACCAAUAGUGGAUAAUAUGUGAUCAUAAAUAACACACACUUUAAGUGCCUCUGAGUACUGCUUUUGAAGAGAAAGAAAAGAGGGCGAUUAUAUAUUUGAAUGAGUGGGAGACUAAUGAAUAUGCAACAGUAUCCGGUAAGCUGUCGCUAACAUCUGGGUGCUGUCUAUAGCCUAUAGGCACCUUCAUCUACACCACUCCUUCCCUCUCCUCCUUUUUCUUCUCCUUUUCCCUCUACUUCUCCAGACAGAAAAUGUUAUCUGGAUCUUGCAGGAAGUAUGUCAGGCCUUUAGAUAGACAUACAGUAUAUUUACUUUUCCAAGCACCCUUGGAGCUAUUGUGGAGCUUGGCCCACUGGCAGCAGCCAUUUUAAAGGCCUAAUGCUGAAUCACUAUGUGUGGGUCUGGGUCUACUUACUGUAAUUGUUCAAACGAUGCAGUCAGCCAUUUAUAUAGAAUACCUGCCUCCCUCACUUUGUCUCCUGGCCAGCAAUACACACAUGUACUAUUAAAGCAGUAGUAAUACAGAGAGCACUAUACUCAAAUGUAUAUAGCAAUGCAAUUACAUUUUUUCCCUAAGGAUUAUGUAGUUGUAGAUUAUUUGUUUGUGUAUUUGAGUUUUAGAUUUGAACCCAUGUUGAUAGUAGACAUACAGGAUAUUUUAUGAUACUCACACCACACAUAGUUAUUUAUAGCAUAUUCAUCCCUGUCCAUCUUGGGUAUUUUCCAUUUUGUAUUCAUGCAUGUUGCUGUGAGAUAAAAUGUGUUUGAGUUUCCAUUUCAAUAAAGCUUUAAAUCAUAUUUUGCAUGACGUUGGUUGCUAUGAAUGUUGGUUGCUGUGAAUGUUUCUAAGGGACUGUAAAUGUGCAUGCUCUCUUCUGAUUGGCAGCAUAUUAAUGUGUUCUCUCCCCAUCUCCUCCUGGGGAGUAAGUGUGAAAUUACAGCUGUCCUUCCUUCUAUCUUAAAGGGAUACUUUGGGAUUUUGGCAAUGAAGCCCUUUAACACCUUCCAUAGAGUCUGAUUAACUCAUGGAUAAAUAUGUUAUGUCUCAGAAUCCAGUAUGAAGGAAGUUAGAUGUAGUUUCACGAGCCAAUGCUAACUAGCAUUAGCACAAUGACUGGAAGCAUGCUAGCAGUUAUCAUAGACUUCCAGUCAUUGUGCUAACGCUUGUUAGCAACUUCCUUGAAUAUGCUUGAAAAGACAUAAACAUGGUAUCCACGAGUUCAUCUGACUCUGGGAAGUAGAUAAAGGGCCUCGUUGCCAAAAUUCUGAAGUAUCCAUUUAAGUGUUUACUAAGCAGGACCACCCUCCUAAAUAUGCCCCUCUGCUUCUGUUCCUAUGCUUCUAUCGGCCUGGCAUAGGGUAGUCAGUUUCAGGAUGACCACCAUUUAACUUUACAUAUGUAUUUUAUUUUAUUUUUUACAAGCAGAAACACACAGACCUAUAAACAUUCAUAUGCAAGUGGAUUCAUUUUAGAUAGCAUUUUUUCUUAGAAAUUCAUAGAGUAGUGUUUGAAAUGUACUAUACAACUGAACCCAAUGACAGACUGGUGAGUAGUUGAUCAGCAGUAGACACAAAUAUGACUCCACAUAAAUAAGAGUGUCUAUCUGCCUUGGUUCCAGCCCUAACUGACUCCAUGCUGACACUGAACAGAGAUGAUCCCAGAAUCUUUCAUGAGAGUAUCAGACACGGUAGAGUAUUCUAGUUUAGUUCCUCACCACUGGCCCUGUUGCCUGCCCUCCACUAAUACAGCAGCACCAUGUUAAAUGGACACUCCGCAAUAUGAUACCCAGCCGUGCCUCAAGGAAAGGCGCCAAUUGGCAAGAGCAAAGAAGUCCCCCCACUGUGAUGUCAUAUAGCUGAGUCUACCUUUAAUAUUUAGACUGCUUUAGUCCCCAUGUGACUUUACAGUAUCUAACUCAAUGCUAUGCAUUUGAUGAUAUAUUAGUAAAUACCCAUGUAUUUGUUGUAGAUCAUUUUACAAUUAUUCUACAAUUGAUAUUAUGACAUACAUCUUUCAUGCGCUUCGCUUUAGAAAUGCAAACUCCCCGAAAGACUAUAAUGUUAUAAGAUGUAUUUAUUUGCUUACAAAGCAUGUGCUGACAUAGAUUUAGUUCAGUGCAUGUGAUAUACAGUAUAAGUGGAUGGAGACGUAGCCCACUGAAUAAGUCUUAGAUUCAUUGACGUUGUGUUGUAGCCAUUUCUAAAACGUAUAACUUUACACCCCAGCCGGAGGCCCCAACUGGAACAUAGAAGGUGAGAGCUGCAGUGUGAACGGUCUAAUCCAGACCACAUCCCAACCCCAUGUAGCUUAGACAAUGUCUGCCUCCACCCAACAACACCCCAUGCCCCAUGGUGCUCAAUGACCAGAUGUAGAUGGUAUCGUGCACACAAACAUAUCAGACCCAUUUCUGGAAUGACCCAUAUUUGGAUGGUACUUUACACAUAUCAAACUCAUCAUGGAAUGACCCAUAUCUCAAUGGCAAUGUACUGUAAACAUAUCAUAUACUGUAGUGGUUAACCAAUCCAUAUCUGGAAUGACCCACAUUUAAAUGGUUCUGUACAUACACUACACAACCAAAAGUAUGUGGACACCUGCUUGUCGAACAUCUCAUUCCAAAAUCAUGGGCAUUAAUAUGGAGUUGGUCCCCCCUUUGCUGCUAUAACAGCCUCCACUCUUCUGGGAAGGCAUUCCACUAGAUGUUGGAACAUUGCUGCGGGGAGUUGCUUCCAGUCAGCCACACAAGCAUUAGUGAGGUCAGGCAUCGAUGUUGGGCGAUUAGGCCUGGCUCGCAGUCGGCAUUCCAAUUCAUCCCGAAGGUGUUCGAUGGGGUUGAAGUCAGGGCUCUGUGCAGGCCAGUCAAGUUCUUCCCCACCGAUCUCGACAAACCAUUUAUGUAUGGACCUCGCUUUGUGCAUGGGUGCAUUGUCAUGCUAAAACAGUAAAGGGCCUUCCCCAAACUGUUGCCACAAAGUUGGAAGCACAGAAUCAUCUAGAAUAUCAUUGUAUGCUGUUGCGUUAAGAUUUCCCUUCACUGGAACUAAGGGGCCUAGCCCAAACUAUGAAAAACAACCCCAGACCAUUAUUCCUCCUCCACCAAACUUUACAGUUGGCACUAUGCAUUGGGGCAGGUAGUGUUUUCCUGGCAUCUGCCAAACCCAGAUUUGUCCCUCGGAAUGCCAGUUGGUGAAGCGUGAUUCAUCACUCCAGAGAACGCGUUUCCACUGCUCCAGAGUCCAAUGGCAGUGAGCUUUACACCACUCGAGGUGACGCUUGGCAUUGCGCAUGGUGAUCUUAGGCUUGUGUGCGGCUGCUCGGCCAUGGAAACCAAUUUCAUGAAGCUCCCGGCGAACAGUUCUUGUGCUGACUUUGCUUCCAGAGGCAGUUUGGAACUCGGUAGUCAGUGUUGCAACUGUGGACAGCACUCAUUCUGUGAGCUUGAGUGGCCUACGACUUCACGGCUGAGCCGUUUCUAGACGUUUCCACUUCACAAUAUCAGCACUUACAGUUGACUGGGGCAGCUCUAGCAGGGCAGAAAUUUGACAAACUGACUUGUUGGCAUCCUAUGACGGUGCCACAUUGAAAGUCACUGAGCUCUUCAGUACGGCCAUUCUGCUGCCAAUUUUUGUCUAUGGAGAUUGUGGCUGAAAUAGACAAAUACACUAAUUUGAAGGGGUGUCCACAUACUUUUGUAUAUAUAAUGUAUAUCAAACCCAUUUCUGGAAUUCAUGUUCAUGCACUAUUGCAAGGUCGCUCAGAUACAGCUCACAUUUGCAUUACAUACAUGUGUUACCACAACAGUGGUAUGUCUGAAUACUACGUAAGUAUGUGUCGAGGGUCUCUCACAGAAUGAUAGAUGCAACACUGAUCAUGCUGUAAGAUCACCCUGAUAACACCCUGUACUACCUCACUGUCUCAGGGCAAAGGGAAUUGUACUGUGACUGGGAAAGACACUCUCCUCCACUUCCACCUAAAGUAUGUCUGCUGUGGCCCUGACCCACUGUGGAGAUGUUUCACUCUCUCUAUGCAUGACCUGUUAAUCUACACACACAUACACACAAACACACACACGCAUGCACACACACACACACACGGACACACACAUACACACACACACACACAAACACACACACACACACACACACACACACACACACACACACAGGGGACCUCUGCAUGCCAUACCUAGUUCAAAUACAUCCAUCCCCAUCUAGUCUCUAAAAUGGUCACUGAUCUGAUAGUACUGGGGAAGGGACAGUAGCUGGCAUUCUACCACGCUUCCUUCACCUCUCCAGGCAGCUUUGAUCACUGAUCACUUAAGAGCAGUAGACAUGGAGCGAAGGAUGUGUUUAUAAAGUAUUGUAAGGGGGUGCUACUUAUGCCCAAUUUCACAUUGCCACCUAGCUCCCACCCCAAGGCACUUGUGUAGAUCUGAUCAUCCACAUCACGUAAACUCCGCCAAGCCUAUCAGAGAGUGAUUUGGAGUUAUUACAAUAUUGCAAAUACCUUUAGAUCUACAUUAAGUGCAUAUAUGGUCCGUGGCUAGAGGCUAGUGGUUGAUUUGGAGUUGGGCAUCCAUCCUGCUUAUAAAGGGUUUGACAAUUGAGUAUCCCUUCUCUGUCUGUGUCCCUGUCCCCUCCACCCCUGUGUCCCCCUGCCCCGGUCUCUGUCCCUGUGCAGCGUACCACCUGAGGAGGGAGGACACUGACUGGUUUGAUAAGCCUGCAGAGAGACAACAUCGGGAAAACGGACAGCCUCUGGACAGGAGACAGGUGAGAGGAGCUGGAUAGGAUAAGUCUAAAUUAGUCAACUGUAUUUAAUAAAUAAACUGCUAUAUCCAUCUUCCCCUCAUGAAAUAUACAUUGAUAGUGCCUGUUUUGUUCAUGUUGUCUUUAGCUCAGUUGUACUCCAUGUACUGUACCAUGACAGUUGUCUGUGUGCCUCCCCCAGAUUAAGCUGAUUCCCUAUGUGUUCCCUCACACCCGGCUAAAACUGCAGAGAGACCCCAAGGACACCAGUGUCUCAGGUAGAGUAGAAUACAGCAAAUAUUCUCUAUUAUGUAGAUAUCUGCUCAUUAAUGAUAGUAAUAGGAUCAUCUCAUGGAUUUCCAAUAUGGCCAUUGAUAUAUUAUUAUACUGUAUAUUGUCCAUUGAUAUAUAUAUAUAUGUGUUCCCUGCAGGGAAUGGCCUGGGGAUCCGUGUGGUGGGAGGAAAGGAGAUUCCUGGGAGUCGUGGCGAGAUAGGAGCCUACAUGGCCAAGGUUACCCCCGGAGGAGUGGCCGAACAGACAGGGAAAGUGGUGGAAGGUAAGUGUGUGUGCACAUGUGCUUGUGUAAGGUAUAAGUGGAGCAAGAGAAGGAGGAGAGAACAACAGAUUAGUCAUCUCUGUUCAUACAGGGACACAGUCUGAUUUAAGAUUGAGAAAAUACUGUGGGCUAUAGCCAAUGGCAACGUCAUUAUAGUGGGAUGUUAAUCCGUGCGGAAAGAAAAUGAAAGUGACAUUUGAAAGAAACAAUGAUUAACAUUCUUAUAUAGCAAUAUCAUAACUCAUAAGCGCAUGUUGUAUGCAUUUCAAUUUGUCUGAGUUAAGCUGGAUGAGGUAUGUUGAUUAUUUCACACGUGUUCUGGACGAGAUAGACUUCUCAAUAUCAUAUUUCAUCUCAGAGCAGAUUAGCUACUGAUUUAAGCAGAAAUCUAUUAGUAUAAUAAUAAUAUCAGGCCACUGUCAGCUCAAUGUGAAUGUCUUUGCCAAGCUCUGUGCGCCAGAGAGAGAUAAGAGGGUGUUUGUGUGUGUAUGUGUGUUUGUGUUUGAGUGCCUGAACGUGUGUGUCUGUCAUGUCUCAUUCUCUGAGAGCCAGAAAAAAAGCUCUGUCAACUCACUCUGCCCCUUCGCAAUGCAGCAACGUAUUAGCCAUUAUUCUGUAUUUAGCACACACACAGUCACACACACUCUCUCCCUUUGUCUCAUCCCUCUCUCUCUCUCUCUCUCUCUCUCUCUCUCUCUCUCUCUCUCUCUUGCUCUCUCUCGCUCUCUCUCUCAAUCUCUCUCUCUCUCUGCCUCCCUCUCUCCCUGUCUCCCUCUCUCUCUCUCUCUCUAUCCCCCUCUCUCGCGCUCUCUCUCUCUCUCUCAAUCUCUCUCUCACUCUCACUCGCUCUUUCUCUAUCUCUCUCUCUCCCUCACUAUCUCUCUCUCUCUCCCUCUCUCACUCUCUCUCCAACAAACACACAUGUUCACACAAACACUCACAUGCUUCAUAAACAACAAGUGUAGACUAACAGUGAAAUGCUUACUUAAGGGCCUCUCCCAACAAUGCAGAGAGAAAGAAAAUAAAUAAAUAAUAGAAAAGUAAAACACGUAAUAAUUAAAGUAAUAAUAAAUACACAAUGAGUAACGAUAACUUGGCUAUAUACACGGGGUACCAGUACCGAGUCGAUGUGCAGGGGUACGAGGUAAUUGAGGUAGAUGCACUAUGUACAUAUAACUAGGAAUAAAGUGAAAGAUAAUAAACAGUAGCAGCAGCGUAUGUGAUGAGUCAAAAAAGGGUUGAUGCAGAUAGUCCAGGUAGCUAUUUGGUUAACUAUUUAACUAACUAUUUAGCAUUCUUAUGACUUGGGGGUAGAAGCUGUUCAGAGUCCUGUACACACACACAUGCACACACACACUGACACACACACACACGGUAUUUAGCCCCCCUCGCCCUCUUUCUGCUUCCGUCCGUCAUAUUACUGUACAACCCUCCUUUCUGAAGCACAGAGACUAGUACACGCUACAGGCAGAAUAUAACAAAGUAGAAGAGACUUCAGAACACACCACCGUAAUUACCAGACAUCCUGAACGAUGUGUAGGACGGUAGCAUUCUCCCACUGAUAGAUUUCAGGGAUUUACUCUCACAUGUAGGACGUGUCUCUGCAUCCAGCCCUCCUGGGUUAAACCAGAGGGAAAGCCUGGUUCAUUAUGGUUUUAUAGCGUAAUCCACUGCAGUUAGGGAUAUUUCUGAGGAUGAGAUAGGGUUAAUCUACUCCCUCUUGCUGUCACUCUCAGUUCAGAUGCGGUGACGUCACACCCUGGCAGUAACACUAGCAACAUGGGACAGCCUUGACUUUUCUGAGAGAGGAGUUUGAAGGACAAACACACAAACGCGUGCGUGCACACACACAAACACACACACAUUUUCUCUCUCUGCAUAUGCCAUCUCCCUACAAUCCCCUACAGUUUAUAAUUGUAUUUAGCUUUAUACAGAUUGUGGAGAUAAUUAUGUAGAUAGAGUAAAUAUCUCAGUGUAUUCUAAUUGUGGCAGAACAUUUACUUGUUUGUUUUUGUCUAACAUAUAUAUAUAUAUAUAUAUAUAUAUAUAUAUAUAUAUAUAUAUAUAUAUAUACAGUACCAGUCAAAAGUUUGGACACACCUACUCAUUCCAGGGUUUUUCUUUAUUUGUACUAUUUUCUACAUUGUAGAAUAAUAGUGAAGACAUCAAAACUAUGAAAUAACACAUAUGGAAUCAUGUAGUAACCAAAAGGUGUGCCUUGUUAAAAGGAAUGUAUUUCCUUCUUAAUGUGUUUGAGCCAAGCAGUUGUGUUGUGACAAGGUAGGGGUGGUAUACAGAAGAUAGCCCUAUUUGGUAAAAAACCAAGUCCAUAUUAUGGCAAGAACAGCUCAAAUAAACUAAGAAAAAUGACAGUCCAUCAUUGCUUCAAGACAUGAAGGUCAGUCAAUCCGGAACAUUUCAAGAACUUUGAAAGUUUCUUCAAGUGCAGUCGCAAAAACCAUCAAGCGCUAUGAUGAAACUGGCUCUCAUGAGGACAGCCACAGGAAAGGAAGAACCAGAGUUACCUCUGCUACAGAGGAUAAGUUCAUUAGAGUUAUCUGCACCUCAGAUUGCAGCCCAAAUAAAUGCUUCACAGAGUUCAAGUAACAGACACAUCUCAACAUCAACUGUUCAGAGGAGACUGCGUGAAUCAGGCCUUCAUGGUCGAAUUGCUACAAAGAAACCACUGCUAAAGGACACCACUAAGAAGAAGAGACUUGCUUGGGCCAAGAAACACGAGCAAUGGACAUUAGAACGGUGGAAAUCUGUCCUUUGGUCUGAUGAGUUCAAAUUGGAGAUUUUUGGUUCCAAUCGCUGUGUCUUUGUGAGACGCAGAGUAGGUGAACGGAUGAUCUCCGCAUGUGUGGUUCCUACCGUGAAGCAUGGAGGAGGAGGUGUGGGGGUGCUUUGCUGGUGACACUGUCAGUGAUUUAUUUAGAAUUCAAGGCACACUUAACCAGCAUGGCUACCAGAGCAUUCUGCAGCGAUACGCUAUCCCAUCUGGUUUGCGCUUAGUGGGACUAUCAUUUGUUUUUCAACAGGACAAUGACCCAAAACACACCUCCAGGCUGUGUGAGGGCUAUUUGACCAAGAAGGAGAGUGUUGGAGUGAUGCAUCAGAUGACCUGGCCUCCACAAUCACCUGACCUCAUCCCAAUUGAGAUGGUUUGGGAUGAGUUGGACCGCAGAGUGAAGGAAAAGCAGCCAACAAGUGCUCAGCAUAUGUGGGAACUCCUUCAAAACAGUUGGAAAAGCAUUCCUCAUGAAGCUAUUUGAGAGAAUGCCAAGAGUGUGCAAAGCUGUCAUCAAGGCAAAGGGUGGCUACCCAGAAGAAUAUGAAAUGUAAAAUAUAUUGUGAUUUGUUUAGCACAUUUUUGGUUACUACAUGAUUCCAUAUGUGUUAUUUCAUAGUUUUGAUGUCUUCACUAUUAUUCUACAAUGUAGAAAAUAGUAAAAAUAAAGAAAAAGCCUGCAAUGAGUAGGUGUGUCCAAACUUUUGACUGGUACUGUGUGUAUAUAUAUAUAUAUAUAUAUAUAUAUAUAUAUAUAUAUAUAUAUAUAUAUAUAUAUACACACACACUACCAUUCAAAAGUUUGGGGUCACUUAGAAAUGUCCUUGUUUUCGAAAGAAAAACAUUUUUUUUGUCCAUUAAAAUAACAUCAAAUUGAUCAGAAAUACAGAGUAGACAUUUGUAAUGUAAAUGGCUAUUGUAGCUGGAAACGGCUGAUUUUUUAUGGAAUAUCUACAUAGGCGUACGGAGGCCCAUUAUCAGCAACCAUCAGUCCUGUGUUCCAAUGGCACGUUGUGUUUGCUAAUCCAAGUUUAUCAUUUUAAAAGGCUAAUUAAUCAUUAGAAAACCCUUUUGCAAGUAUGUUAGCACAGUUGUUGUGCUGAUUAAAGAAGCAAUAAAACUGGCUGUCACGAUCGUCUGAGGAAACGGACCAAUACGCAGCGCGUGGAGUGAACAUGAUGACUUUAUUUAAUAAAGCAACCACGAAAAACAACAAAUGACGAUAGUGAAGUCCUCUGUAACACUGACAGAAACAUGGAACAAAAACCCACAAAACCAAGGUGAAACCACACAGUUUAAAUAUGGCUCCCAAUCAGAGAUAACGAGCCGACAGCUGUCACUCGUUACCUCCGAUUGGGAGUCACAUGAAUACAAACAAGGAAGACAACCACCUAGACACCCCAACCAAACAGCACACAACAAAACGAACACACCCUAUACCCAACCUAACCCACACAACACCCAACAAUACAAACACACCCUGGUUCAUAAACAACGUCCCGGAACCAGAGCGUGACAGUACCCCCCCCUAAAGGUGCGAACCCCGGGCGCACCAACAUAAAGUCUAGGGGAGGGUCUGGGUGGGCGUCUGUCCACGGUGGCGGCUCUGGCCCCGGUCGUGAUCCCCACCCCACCACAGUCACAAACUGCUUAAGUAGCCUCCUCCCACUGACCACCCUCCAAACUAACCCACCUGGAUAAAGGGGCAGCUCCGGACGAAGAGGCAGCACCGGACUAAGGGACAGCACCGGACUAAGGGGCAGCACCGGACUAAGGGGCAGCACCGGGCUAAGGGGCAGCACCGGGCUAAGGGACAGCACCUGACUAAGGGGCAGACGGGCAGUUCAGGCGCCGUUGGGCAGACGGGCAGUUCAGACGGCGUUGGGCAGACGGACAGUUCAGGCCCCGUUGGGCAGACGGCAGACUCUGGCCGUCUGAGGCGCAUCGUAGGCCUGGUGCGUGGUGCCGGAACAGGAGGUACCGGUCUGAGGACACGCAUCUCAGGGCUAGUGCGGGAAGCAACAACAGGACGCACAGGACUCUGGGGACACACAGGAGGCUUGGUGCGUGGUGUAUGCACUGGUGGUAAAGGGCUGGAGACACGCACCAUCGAGCCAGUGCGUGGAGGAGACACAGGGCUCUGAAGACGCACAGGAAACCUGGUGCGUGGUGUAGGUACUGGUGGUACUGGGCUGGAGCGAGGAGGUGGCGCUGGAAAUACCGGACCGUGCAGGCGUACUGGCUCCCUUGAGCACUGAGCCUGCCCAACCUUACCUGGGUUGAUGCUCCCCGUCGCCCGACCAGUACGGGGAGGUGGAAUAACCCGCACCGGCCUAUGUGGGCGAACCGGGAACACCAUGCGUAAGGCUGGUGCCAUGUACGCCGGCCCGAGGAGACGCACUGGUGACCUGCUGCGUGGGACCGGCUUCAUGACAUCCGGCUCAACACUCAAUCUGGCCCGGCCGAUACGUGGAGCUGGACUGUACCGAACCGGGCUAUGCCUGCGUACAGGAGACACCAUGCGCUCAACUGCGUAACACGGUGUCUGCCCGUACUCUCGCUCUCCACGGUCAGUCCAGGGAGUAGGCGCAGGUCUCCUACCUGACUUCGCCACACUCCCUCUUAGCCCCCCCCCAAGAAAUUCUUGGGUAGUACCCACAGGCUUCCAGUCUUGCCUCCGUGCUGCCUCCUCAUAUCGCCGCCUCUCGGCUUUAGCUGCCUCCAGCUCUUCACGAGGACGGCGAUAUUCUCCCGGUUGUGCCCAAGGCCCCUUACCAUCCAGAAUCUCCUCCCAUGUCCAUGAAUCCUUUAUGGGUGGAUAUAAAUCCUGUGUAGGUGGAUCCUGUUGCCGCUUGACACGCCGCUUGGUCCUUUUGUGGUGGGUUUUUCUGUCACGAUCGUCUGAGGAAACGGACCAAUACGCAGCGCGUGGAGUGAACAUGAUGACUUUAUUUAAUAAAGCAACCACGAAAAACAACAAAUGACGAUAGUGAAGUCCUCUGUAACACUGACAGAAACAUGGAACAAAAACCCACAAAACCAAGGUGAAACCACACAGUUUAAAUAUGGCUCCCAAUCAGAGAUAACGAGCCGACAGCUGUCACUCGUUACCUCCGAUUGGGAGUCACAUGAAUACAAACAAGGAAGACAACCACCUAGACACCCCAACCAAACAGCACACAACAAAACGAACACACCCUAUACCCAACCUAACCCACACAACACCCAACAAUACAAACACACCCUGGUUCAUAAACAACGUCCCGGAACCAGAGCGUGACACUGGCCUUCUUGAGACUAGUUGAGUAUCUGGAGCAUCAGCAAUUGUGGGUACGAUUACAGAAUCAAAAUGGCCAGUAACAAAGAACUUUCUUCUGAAACUCGUCAGUUUAUUCUUGUUCUGAGAAAUGAAGUCUACUCCAUGCGAGAAAUUGUUGAAACGGAAGAUCUCGUACAACGCUGUGUACUACUCCCUUCACAGAACAGAUCACAAACUGGCUCUAACCAGAAUAGAAAGAGGAGUGGGAGGCACCGGUGCACAACUGAGCAAGAGGACAAAUACAUUAGAGUGUCUAGUUUGAGAAACAGACGCCUCACAGGUCCUCAACUGGCAGCUUCAUUAAAAUAGUACCCGCAAAACACCAGUCUCAACGUCAACAGUGAAGAGGCGACUCCGGGAUGCUGACCUUCUAGGCAGAGUUGCAAAGAAAAAGCCAUAUCUCAGACUGGCCAAUAAAAAGAAAAGAUUAAGAUGGGCAAAAGAACACAGACACUGGACAGAGGAAGAUUGUAAAAAAGUGUUAUGGACAGACGAAUCGACGUUUGAGUUAUUCGGAUCACAAAGAAGAACAUUUGUGAAACGCAGACUAAAUUAAAAGAUGCUGGAGGAGUGCUUGAUGCCGUCUGUCAAGCAUGGUGGAGGCAAUGCUUGUGAAUGUGAUGGUCUGGGGGUGCUUUGGUGGUGGUUAAGUGGGAUAUUUGUACGGGGUAAAAGGGAUCUUGAAGAAGGAAGGCUAUCACUCCAUUUUGCAAUGCCAUGCCAUACCCUGUGGACGGUGCUUGAUUGGAGCCAAUUCCCUCCUACAACAGGAGAAUGACCCAAAGCACAGCUCCAAACUAUGCAAAAACGAUUUAGGGAAGAAGCAGUCGGCUGGUAUUCUGCCUAUAAUGGAGUGGCCAGCACAGUCACCCGAUCUCAACCCUAUUGAGCUUUUGUGUGAGCAGCUUGACUGUAUGGUACGUAAGAAGUGCCCAUCAAGCCAAUCCAACUUGUGGGAGGUGCUUCAGGAAGCAUGGGGUGAAAUCUCUUCAGAUUACCUCAACAAAUUGACAACUAGAAUGCCAAAGGUCUGCAAGGCUGUAAUUGCUGGAAAUGGAGGAUUCUUUGACGAAAGCAAUCCUUUGUUGCCUUGGCCGUGUGUUUUGGGUCGUUGUCAUGCUGGAAUACCCAUCCACAACCCAUUUUCAAUGCCCUGGCUGAGGGAAGGAGGUUCUCACCCAAGAUUUGACGGUACAUGGCCCCGUCCAUCGUCCCUUUGAUGCGGUGAAGUUGUCCUGUCCCCUUAGCAGAAAAACACCACCAAAGCAAAAUGUUUCCACAUCCAUGUUUGACGGUGGGGAUGGUGUUCUUGGGGUCAUAGGCAGCAUUCCUCCUCCUACAAACACGGUGAGUUGAGUUGAUGCCAAAGAGCUUGAUUUUGGUCUCAUCUGACCACAACACUUUCACCCAGUUCUCCUCUGAAUCAUUCAGAUGUUCAUUGCCAAACUUCAGACGUGCCUGUAUAUGUGCUUUCUUGAGCAGGGGGACCUAGCGGGCGCUGCAGGAUUUCAGUCCUUCACGGCGUAGUGUGUUACCAAUUGUUUUCUUAGUGACUAUGGUCCCAGCUACCUUGAGAUAAUUGACAAGAUCCUCCCGUGUAGUUCUGGGCUGAUUCCUCACUGUUCUCAUGAUCAUUGCAACUCCACGAGGUGAGAUCUUGCAUGGAGCCCCAGGCCGAGGGAGAUUGACAGUUCUUCUGUGUUUUUUCCAUUUGCGAAUAAUCGCACCAAAUGUUGUCACCUUCUUACCAAGCUGCUUGGCGAUGGAAUUGUAGCCCAUUCCAGCCUUGUGUAGGUCUACAAUCUUGUCCCUGACAUCCUUGGAGAGCUCUUUGGUCUUGGCCAUGGUGGAGAGUUUGGAAUCUGAUUGAUUGAUUGCUUCGGUGGACAGGUGUCUUUUAUACAGGUAACAAGCUGAGAUUAGGAGCACUCCCUUUAAGAGUGUGCUCCUAAUCUCAGCUCGUUACCUGUAUAAAAGACACCUGGGAGUCAGAAAUCUUUCUGAUUGAGAGGGGGUCAAAUACUUAUUUCCCUCAUUAAAAUGCAAAUCAAUUUAUAACAUUUUUGACAUGCGUUUUUCUGGAUUUUUUUGUUGUUAUUCUGUCUCUCACUGUUCAAAUAAACCUACCAUUAAAAUUAUAGACUGAUCAUUUCUUUGUCAGUGGGCAAACGUACAAAAUCACCAGGGGAUCAAAUAAUUGUUUCCCUCACUGGACUCUCUAACAUACAGAGAGAGAGAUAUGUUAAUUCAAUCUUUUGUUGUCACAGCAGCUGGCGAGUUACUUCGUAAGCAAAAGUCUUAUCUGAAGACGAGGUUUCAUUUGUGUAAGUGCAGCCACAGCGCCGAGGCUGGCAUGGGUUUGAUUUGACUGUGCACUUUCUCCCUUUCUAUUUCCAUCAUACAGCUCUUACUGCUAUACAGUAUACUUUCUGUCAUGCUCUCUGAGUCUUGUCUGCUGUGUGAACCAGAACCUGAAAAAUAUAUACUCUAGUCUAGUGGUUCCCAACCAGGGAUACUAGGACCCCCUGGGGGUACUUGGCCUAUCCACAGGGGGUACUUAAGAAGACCCAUGAGACAAUACGGUUACUGGUAAAAUGCACGAGGGGGGUACUUAUGGGGUACUCCGGGCAGAGCAAAAAUCAGUAGAUGGGACAGUAAGCGAAAAAGGUUGGGAACCACUGCUCUAGUCAAUGAAAUGAAAGGCAGUGGUAUUUUUAAAAGAGGUAGAGCCAACUCUUGAGAAGGAGUAAGACUUUUUUUUAUUUUGGGGUAUUUUACCCCCUUUUACGUGGUAUCCAAUUGGUAGUUACAGUCUUGUCCCAACGGGAGAGGCGAAGGUCAAGAGUUGUGUGUCCUCUGAAACACAACCCAACUGAGCCACACCCCACUUAACCCGGAAGCCAGCCGCACCAAUGUGUCGGAGGAAACACCGUACACCUGGUGACAGAGUCAGCAUGCACUGCACCCGGCCUGCCACAGGAGUCGCUAGUGCGCGAUGGGACAAGAACAUCCCUGGACAACGCUGGGCCAAUUGUGCAUCCCCCCAUGUGUCUCCCGGUCGCGGCCGGCUGCGACAGAGCCUGGACAUCGAACCAGGAUCUCUAGUGGCACAGCUAGCACUGUGAUGCAGUGCCUUAGACCACUGCGCCACUUGGGAGGCCCAGGAGUAAGACAUUUCUGCCUGAGCUAAGCUUGGUUGGGUUGUGUUUUGUGUUCUGCGAUGCAUUGAGACCAAGGUGUCUGUAGUCUGAGCUUGUCUCAAGACCCUGACUGCAGGAUCGAGAAUUGAUCUGUGGUGCCAUAGCAGUUUGAAUCAUGUGUCAUAAACAGACAUAAACCAAAUUAAGCAGAGAUAAGCGUGAUAUUAUGAAGGGUUAAGUGUUGUUACGUUAUGCUCUCAGAUUACUCUCUCUCUCUCUCUCUCUCUCGCUCUCACUCUCUGUCUCUCUCUCUCUGUAGGAAUGCAGGUGUUGGAGUGGAACGGGGUUCCUCUGAUGGGGAAGACUUACGAGGAGGUGCAGUGCAUUAUGGGUCAGCCGUGUGCAGAGACUGACCUCUGUGUGAGACUGUGAGUCAAACAUCUUACUCCUCAUCGCUGUCUCUCCUUUCUCAUCCAUCUCUCCUCUUAUCCUCUUAUCUUAAUUUAGAUGAGAACUAAAUUUGACCUUCCUGUCCCUCUCUCAGUGACCUGAACAUGCUGUCUGACCCUGAGCAUCCCCAGGCCCUGGAGAACCAUGCCCAGCUGAAGCCUGGUACACCACUACAUUGUUAUAAUGCUUCAUCAUGUCUAUUGCACUUUGUUGUUAUAAUGUAUCAUAAUGUUUAUGUAACUUUAUAAUGCAUCAUUGUGAAUGUAACUAUGUGUGUGUGUGUGUGUGUGUGUGUGUGUGUGUGUGUGUGUGUGUGUGUGUGUGUGUGUGUGUGUGUGUGUGUGUGUGUAUAUGUGUAUAUGUGUAGGUGACAGGCAGUGUUCGCCAGGAGUGGACCCUAAGCAGCUGGCUGCAGAGCUGCAGAAGGUUUCCCAACAGCAGGCCCCUGGGAUGGGGAUGGGGGUAGGAAUGGGGGUGGGGGGGCCAGGAGGAGUAGGGGUCCUCUCUGCCCUGGACCGCUCAGCUCUGUUACACUCAGGCAAUGCAUCGGCCAGCUCUAGUGCUGUCCCCAGCCCCGGCCAGCCUGCCUCCCCAGCCAUCAACAAGAAACAACGCCACAGCGCCAAGGUACUACCUUCACUAGUAGUACAUUAUGAUACUGAGAGCCCAUAGCUCCCUGUAGAGUGUGUUAUUACAGCCAUAUGGCUGGUGAGUUCAUGAUUAAUAGUUCACAAAUGCUGUACAUGUGUGUGUGCGUGCGUGUGGGGAGAGGUCAAGGUCAACUGCUGUGGCUGCAUUGUGGAUCACAGAAACAUGACAGUCUAAUUAUAGAGAAACAUGCAUGGUAUACACUACUGGUCAAAAGUUUUAGAACACCUACUCAUUCAAGGGUUUUUUCUUUAUUUUUACUGUUUUCUACAUUGUAGAAUAAUAGUGAAGACAUCAAAACUAUUAAAUAACACUCAGGACAAUGACCCAACACACCUCCAGGCUGUGUAAGGGCUAUUUGACCAAGAAGGAGAGUAAUGGAGAGCUGCAUCAGAUGACCUGGCCUCCACAAUCCCCCGACCUCAACCCAAUUGAGAUGGUUUGGGUUGAGUCGGAUGGCAGAGUGAAGGAAAAGCAGCCAACAAGUGCUCAGCAUAUGUGGGAACUCCUUCAAGACUGUUGGAAAAGCAUUCCAGGUGAAGCUGGUUGAGAGAAUGCCAAGAAUGUGCAAAGCUGUCAUCAAGGCAAAUGGUGGCUAUUUGAAGAAUCUCAAAUAUAAAAUAUAUUAUGAUUUGUUUAAAUGAAUGAGUAGGUGUAUUCAAACUUUUGACUGGUAGUGUGUAUAUAUAUAUAUAUAUAUAUAUAUAUAUAUAUAUAUAUAUAUAUAUAUAUAUAUAUAUAUAUAUAUGGGUGAUUCUUUAACUAUGGUACUUUUCUUGUCCCUGGAUGAAAUAAUAAAAACUAAAAAACAUUUCUUCUUUUUUGUUUUUGUCAUACUUACUCCACCCUAAGGGGAACUUAUAAAAAAUGUAUCAUGGCUCAAUCAUUCUUUUUAUUAUAUAAUAUGAGGCCUUUUAUGCAUGUUUUUUACUGUUUUCCCUCUGUCCCUAAGCCAGACUUUGUAUCUUCAACCUCGCUUAAUUCUAAAUUAAAUAUUUAAAUAAUGUAGAUUUCAAGUACAAAUGAUAAAAUACCAUUUAUUUCAAUUCUACAUAUUAUAUAUUGUGAUACAUAUUCACAUUUUCCUAUAUUUUUCAUAAAUAGAACCCUUGUCCCUUGGGGUCACUGUCAUUUCCACCACACUGUACAAAAUAGAAUCCUGGGAUCAGUGUUUUAGGUUUGUAUAUUUAGUAACCAUAGCAACAGAAACUCCACAGUGGAACACAUGGCUGGAUGAAAUGGUGUCCUCUACAGGGGGUAAUGAAAAGAAGAAAAAUCAAGGUAAAUAUGAGUAAAACUGAGAGUAUGUUUAUUGGUCGUCAUUUCCAAACAGCUCAUAUUUCACAUGGACGUAAAAAUAACUGGAUACAUUUAAUUUAAUAAUGUGUAAUUUGUGUAUAUUUAAUGCUAACUCUAAAACUAAUAUUAGCAGGCUAACAUAGCAUGAGAUUUUAGAGGGAAAGUGGGGAAAUGUCAUUUCCACCACAGUCAUUUCCACCACGGUGUUCAUUGUGGUGGUAAAGACAGGUUGUGGUGGAAAUGACAUUGUUCGUGCUAAACAGCAAAUUAUUUGGGCUAUAAUACUGAUACUAAAUUCAAAAACAGUUUUAACAAUAUUACAAUAUUGUUGGUAAAUAAGAGAACAAUAGAUAAGUAGGUUUGACAUGAUGUCUUGGCUCUUUCUUUAAGAUGGCAAGCAAUACCACAGCACAGAGGUCAAGAUCAUACAGAGAAAGAAUAAAAUCAGAUCCACUUAAAUAUGCAGAGUCCCUCAAGAAGGACAGAGAAAGAUACCUGAAGAAAAAGCAACAAGGUGUUGUUAAAUCUGUGACAGAAAUGCCGAAAAGAGAACAACGAAAAAUGAGAAGACAGUGGCGAAUUUCUCAACGAAACAGACGUAGGAAAUGGAAAAUGGUCUCAGCAGUGAAUAGUUUCAUGGCACAUACAACACCACCACCAUCACCAGACAACAUGAGUGUUAAUGCAGAAGACAUCCCUGAAACACCUCAGCUGUGUGAGCCUACACCAGAGAGAACUCCACAGAGGAAAAGAGGGAGAAAAAAGGUUGCGAAGGCAAAAGCAAAGGUGUACAGAGAUCUUAAUGACAUUAAACAAAAGCUUGAGGAUGCCCUCAGAAAAGUUGAAAAAUACAAAAAAAUAAGUAAUCGACUGAAGAAGAACCUGGGGAUCCUAGAGUCACCUAAAAUGAAAACAAAGCAACAGAUGCAGCAAGAAAGCAAGCAAUUAAAGAAGACACUCCUAUUCCAUAACACCAUUAUGUCAGAAAUAAGAAAAAAGUAUCCGAAUGUUGACAAUCGUAAAGCUCGGCAACUGAUCUCCAAACUUGUGGCUGGCAAGAUCUUAAAAAAAUACCGCCUGGUCACCAUGGCCAAGAAGGAGUUUGGAUUCUCUACAAAACUAAUCAGGACAAACAUGACAAGGGCCGACAAACUCAAAUACACCCGCAUGGAGACUGCAUUGGGAUCACCAAGUUCAAGCACACUUACCAGCACAUCUCAACCCAUCAUAGACCUGCAUGAGGGACUGAUUGGAAGUUGGUGUGUGGUACGGUAUGAUGGGGAUCCUUACCCUGGCAUUAUACAGGAUGUGGACCCUGAGGGUUGUGCUCUGGUGAGAACCAUGAGUCAUAUUGGCAAAAACAAGUUCUUCUGGCCUAUGAGAGACGAUGUUAUUUGGUACCGGCCAGAAGAUGUGAUCAGGCUGGUCCCAGAGCCUCAACCAGUAACAAAGAGGCAUGUGAUGGUGGAGCCAACAGUUUGGAAAGAAAUAUGCUCUGUUCUUGACCAUGAAACAUAACUGAACCUCUGGCCCAUAUGCAAGUUUGACAGAUACAGUAUUUAGCAAAUACAAUGUCUAUUUAGUCAGAUUCAACUUGUUAUUCCACAUGAUUACGUUUGACAGUACAUGGAUUUACGAUAUAACACACAUGACAGUAAUGUUUAAGUACAGAGUGUUUGCUCUGGUUCAGCAUAGGCAUAUAAGUUUUCAAUUUCAAAAUAUAUUGCCUAUUUUAUCUGUUAUUCAACUGGUUAUAUUAAGGUUAUGUUAAGGUAAUGAUGACAUAAAGGGUUUGCUCUAGUUUGUACUAGUUUGCUCUAGUUCAGCAUGUAGAAAACAGUGAAGAAAUGAUUUGCUGAUUUUUAACACAAAUUCAUGUUUUUUCAUUUUUUGGAUUGUUUUUAAUUUAAAAAUAUUGGUGAUAUGUUUUUGUUCACAAAUGCUGUUGCUUAUUGAUUUGCUCUGGUUCACCACAUAGAGCAGUAGAAAAAUUGUUUUUAAUUGGAAGUUGCCUAUCUGUCAUUUCCGCCACACACUGUCUCUUCCGCCACGCCAUGUCAUUUCCACCACAACACAUAUUUUAAAGUAAAACAUAUAAAAAACAUACAAUCAAACCAACUAUAUUCAGUGGUGUUGAUAAUUGUGCAGUUAGGGCUAAGAUUUGUGUAUACACUUUGAGAAAUAUAUGAUUUUGAGCUAUGAUAAGAAAAUGAAAUGUUCCAUUGACCUAGUUUUAGGUGUUUUUUAGUGUAAACAUUGUAAAAUCUUUACAGUUACAUUUCUGAAAAAAAUAAUAAAUUACAAAUUUGAACAGAUAUGUGUGUGCUAUUUAAUCAAAUAUAUUUAUAACAGAAGAUAUUUCAUUAUUUUCUCUUAAAAAUACAUGUUUUGUUAUGUGAUGGAAAUGACCGUUUUGUUGGACUGUCAGAUAAAAAUGGCAAAAAAUAUAUAUUAGUAAAUACAAAUCAUCACAGCCAACUUCAGGGAAGGUUUCCAGACAGAUUGAGAAACCAACUGAUACUAAAAAAUUGUUUGUAGAAAUGUUUUUAUUUUCUGAAACUGUCUAGCUCAAAGAGUACCAUAGUUGAAGAAUUACCCAUAUAUAUAUAUAUAUAUAUAUAUAUAUAUAUAUAUAUAUAUAUAUAUAUAUAUAUAUAUGAAUAUUGAGAGAGAGAGAGCGAGAGAGAGAGAGAGAGAGAGAGAGAGAGAGAGAGAGAGAGAGAGAGAGAGAGAGAGAGAGAUUAACUACUUUCUAUGAUAGGUAGAUUAUGUAGUAUACUGCAUCUCAAUUAACUGAAUUAACCUUCUCUGACUUGUGGGAGGUGCUUCAGGAAGCAUGGGGUGAAAUCUCUUCAGAUUACCUCAACAAAUUGACAACUAGAAUACAUAUUAUAGAGUCCAUUCAGAAAGCUCUACUCAGCAUCUCCAGGACAAGGACAGGUCCUUUAUCUGUCAUCUGACAAUAGCUAUCCUACACAGGGGCUCUAGCCAACCUACUGCUACUUAAAACCAUAGUAUGAUGGACACAGUAACUGAACUUUUCAGGCAGACCAGAGGCCACACUACAAGCAGGGCUUCUCAUGGCAGUGUGGGUGUUUGUUAAUGUAGAGUGUGUGAACAUGUAUCAAUGAGACUGAUAUCGGUAUAAACAGAGUGUAUAAUCGAUACUUGGUUUGUUUUUCAGUCGGCAGCAGAUGUUCAAGUGCUAAAGCCUCAGCCUCAUCCUAUAACAGGAGAAAUACAGGUAGGCCUGCUCAGGGGCAGCACCAGAGGGGGGGCAUGCCACCCCUAAAAUAUGAUUGGCCACCCUUAGUGCCCCCCCCCCCCCCCCCCCCCCCCAAUGUGUUUGUUCAGGCAAUUUAUUGUGGCUGGCUUUAGGACCAUGCGGAUGCCUUGGAGUGGGCGCAAAGGCUGUGAUUGGCUGGCUGGCUUUAGGACUAUGGAGAGCUUGGCUACAGUGAGGGAACACUGAACUGUGCAAUGUCUCUCAAUUGAUUUGUGGAAAGCAGCGCAGAGCAGGAAGGUGGCUAGGUAACUGCUGGUUGAGUUGACAGGAAACUCAACUAGUUUUUAAUCCCAGUGCAGAGCUAGUGUGUAGCAGCUAUCAGGCCGACAGCCUCAUUGCAUCAAUACUGCGUAAUAAAUUCUGCAGUCAAACUUUUUUCAUUAUG